CUACAUAUUCAAGCAAGAUUAUUUUUCCUUUUUCUUUUUUAAAAUCCUUAUACAAACUAUCUUGGAAUUCCUACCACUUUUACUCUCACGACCUUACGUUCACGAACCUUCGUUCAAGUCAUACAUACAUAAUACUUUCAAUUCUUCUUACAUACAUCCUCUUAAUUAGUUAAAAUGGGUUUCAAAGCAGGAGACGCAAAGAAGGGCGCCAACCUCUUCAAGACCAGAUGUGCUCAAUGCCACACUCUCGGUGAGGGUGAAGGAAACAAGAUCGGUCCUAACCUUCACGGUCUUUUCGGACGUCAAACCGGUUCCGUUGAGGGCUACUCAUACACCGAUGCCAACAAGCAGAAGGCUAUCACCUGGGACGAGAACACACUUUUCGAAUACCUCGAGAACCCAAAGAAAUACAUUCCAGGAACCAAGAUGGCUUUCGGUGGAUUGAAGAAGGACAAGGACAGGAACGACUUGAUCCAACACUUGAAGGAAGCUACCGCAUAAAGGAUAUCACGACCAUUGUAUACAUAGAAUUAGACACGGCGCCUUGUACUUCAAGUUAGACAAAUGCUCUCUGGGUAGAAGGAAUUUUGGUCACACGUUUUUCGACCUACUAAAACACAAAUAACAAAUACUCCUCUUCAUAAUUUUCCCAUUUAUCGUGUUCGCUUUGAUUUGUCAUGGGUCUUACCUUACCUAGUGUUUCACAAACUUGACUCUAUCUGAAUUUUGCAAAUCUCUAGUCGUGUGUGGGUCUGACCAACAUUUAUAAUAUGCAUCUGAUCAUUCUGAUGGUCUAUCAACGGUCGGGUCGAUCUCCGUGUCAAUAUUCUACUACGUCAGACAGGCACGGACCAUGCAUUGCACAGACGAUAUAAAACAAAAACU